GUAAAUGUCAAACAUCCAGAAGAAGAAAAAAAACAGUCGCUCCUUCUGAUGCUUUAGUCCAGACUAGAACACGCAACACCAACGUGUUUUUUUUGUUUUUCAUAAAACAUGAAGACAGGUCCGUAUACAAACUAGUGAACUCGGUUUCAAGGACUAUUUACCGCUUUUGUUUGCCCGUCGAUGUGUGAAUUUGGGAAAAUCCCGACACGAGUGAACCGGAAGGCGGCAGAACCGUCCUGCUCUGGCUAACAGAUGAUGCAAAGAUCACACAUCAGCGAAGACUAGACACCUCAUUGUCAAACUAACUUUUACGUAACCGGCAACACAUCUCAAGAAAAUGAUCCCGGAGCUGUCCAACCCCUCGGUGCACAUGCGGGACCCUCAGCGGGUGCAGGAGAUCCUCGAGUCCAUGGUGAAGGCAGGAUCCAACACUGUGCAGGUGAUCUCAGAUUUUGACAUGACCCUAACAAGGUUUGCAUACAAUGGCAAAAGGUGCCCUACGUGUCACAAUAUUCUUGACAACAGCAAACUCAUCUCCAGUGACUGCAAAGAAAGGCUGAAGGAGCUGCUCAACACAUACUACCCCAUAGAGAUUGACUCCUCGCGGUCAAUAGAGGAGAAAUUGCCCCUAAUGGUGGAGUGGUGGACAAAAGCCCAUGAAAUACUGGUAAAGCAGGAGAUCAGGAAAGACCUGCUGGCCGUGGUGGUACGAGAGUCUGAUGCCAUGCUGAGGGAGGGCUUCCAGCUCUUCUUUGAUCACCUGUCUGAGCACAGCAUCCCUCUGCUCGUCUUCUCUGCUGGAAUCGGAGACAUCCUGGAGGAGGUGAUCCGCCAGGCCGGGGUCUUCCACCCCAACGUCAAAGUCUUCUCCAACUACAUGGACUUUGACGAGUGUGGCGUAUUGAGAGGCUUCAAAGGAGAGCUGAUCCACAUUUAUAAUAAGAGGGAAGGAGCGCUGCUCAACACCGGCCACUUCCAGGAGCUGCGGACGCGGCCUAACGUAUUACUGAUGGGCGACUCUCUGGGAGAUCUGACCAUGGCUGACGGGGUGCAGGACAUGGAGAACAUCCUCAAGAUCGGGUUCCUCAAUGACAAGGUGGAGGAGAGGAAGCAGUCAUACUUGGACUCAUAUGACAUUGUGCUGGUAAAAGAUGAGACCCUGGAAGUCCCUAACGCUGUACUGCUCUACCUCACUGGCAACAAGUGAAGUGAGGAUCGAUUGUCCACUGGCCAUUGGGCCCUCUGGUGCCAUAAGACGAAAGAGCCCAUCUCCAGCUGUUAUUGACAACUAACUAAUAUUGUUUAAUGAGUAUUAUUUUCUAUUUUUACUAAAAGCUACACACUUCUGUGAACGAGUGUGGGAUACCACAAAUAGCUUGUCCAGUUGUCAUAGCCCACAAACACCACGUCGUCCCUCCAUAUUCUAUUCUAGUCCACCAACCUUCCUCUCCUGUUUAUGGUUAAAUGCUGCACUACUGUGCAGCAUGUUGUGUGUGCAUGUGAUGGGUGGUAUUUUCUACUUGUUGAGGGACAAAUGGUUAGGGCAGACAGUUCUGGUUUUCAUACAGGAUACAAUGAUAAAGGGAAAUGAAAAAAAAAUCUGGUUUGAAACUGUUUUCCAGCCGCUUACAAUAAACCUCUUUUCCAGCUAAGUUGUAAUAUUACAUGAAAUUAUAUUUCAUGCUUUGUCUCAGUCAGGUCUUCUAGCUUCUGGCCAUAUUGUCAAGCAUAUAAUACAGGGUUGUGUUUUUCAUUAAAACUUUAGUUUUCUCUUAUAUACCACCACAGUGCUAGUAAGUGGUGCACUAAGACAGCAAAAUAAACAAGUGAGCAGAAACAUCCAGAUCUUUAAUACCACGUCCACUAAUUAUGUUAGUAAGAACUAACUGCUACCUCAAUAAAACUUUUUUAGAUUAUUUUUGGGGGGUUUCACAUGAUUUCACCUUUUAACUGUAUGACUGUCAACAAUGUCUGUCACAUUUUGCACUCCAAUAAAACGUUUUAAAAAGCUUUUCAUCUUGAGAGUUCAGAUCACAAUAAUCACGUACAUCAGGUCGUUCAUGGUUUUGUCCGAAAUCGUUUUCCUUUUCAAAUGCUGUAACUUGUCAAAAGUAAAGUUCUGUUUAAUCUGUU